GUUGGAAUCUUCAUGGGACAUGGUUCAUGAAGAGGCCAUAAAUAUGGACACAGACUUGAAAGACGGCUAUUUUGACGUUGUAGUUGUCGGAACUGGUUUAGCAGAGUCUAUUCUAGCAGCUUUACUUGCUUCUAACGGCAAGUCCGUGUUACACCUCGACUCGAAGCCUUUUUAUGGGGGUGACUGGGCAACCUUGUCAUUGAGCAAAUUGAAAAGUUAUUUUGCGUCCUGUUAUUUAUCAGAAAACGGUGUGAGUGAACCCAAAAAGACACCUACAGAACUACAAGAUGCUAUACGACAAAACGAGCAUUUUCAACAGUACACCGAUAUAGCCCUACUACCUGUGUUAGAAAACUCCAGCUUUAGUGAUGUACAAAUAGUAGAUUCCGCGGAAGAGUGGUUGAACCGAGCAAUGGUAGAUUUGACACCACAGAUUAUUCUAGGAAAUGGUGAGACGGUGGAUAUGUUGGUACAGACACAAGCAGCUUCGUAUUUAGAGUUUCGAGGUGUGGAUGAAAUCUUUUGGUUGGACGAAAGUGGUCAGCUUCAAAAAGUACCUACCAGUAGAAACGAUAUUUUUCGUUCAAUGUUACUCACUCCUGUUGAAAAGCGCAUAUUUAUGAAAUUUUUGAAAACCUGUGCAGUUUAUGAACCUUCACUUUUCCAAUAUGAAGGACAUGAUGGAGGUAUAUUAUCUGCUGGCCAAGUGGUAAACUCCAGCGAAGAAAUAGCUGAAAUGGAACAAGUCCAAAAGUGGUGUGAUUGCUCUCUUUGUUUAGAUAACUGGUUAGAUGAGUUACACUUUACGGAUCGACUUAAACAUUAUGUAUUUGCACUGCUUGGGUGUUGUGGAGAGAAAUAUGAAUCUUGUGCGGUUGCAACUGCGGUAGAAAGGAUAUCUCAGUAUUGUUGUGCAGUACAAAGGUUUCGUAUAUCUAGUGGAUUUCUUUAUAGUAAGUAUGGUAGUGGAGAUAUUUGUGAGGCAUUAUGUCGACGCUGUGCUAUUCAUGGUGGCGUAUACCUUCUUCGUAGACAAGUUACAUAUCUUAUUUGUGACUCAUCUUCACAAGUCAUUGGUCUAGUUACUGGAAAUGGAGACUUGAUUCGUUGUUCUGUUGUGAUUGGUUCAACUUCUUUGGAAGUAAAGUAUACGGAUUCCAGUUGGACUCGUCGAAUUUCCUCAGACAAGGGAAGAUGGAAACUGUACUUGAUUCUUGAUCGACCUGUUCUAUUACCUGGUAAAGGAGUCGACUUAUUCACUAGUCACCUUGUUGUUCAGUCACAGAAUAAUGAAUCUUGUCUAGUUGAAGGUAUACAAGUAGAACAACAAGUUGAUUCGGUGCAUACUGUAUAUGUAAUUUAUUUGUCUUGUGACGACGUAGAAAAUGGGAAGAUUGCGUUGCUUCUAUCAUUGCAAAAGUUGAUGCAUCCGAUUGAUUCCCACUUAUGUCAUAGUUCAAGUGACUUGUGGCAACUAUUGAAGCAGUUUCCUGGUUUGAAAUAUGCCUGUAUCGGGUUUUGUCGUGAUUGGGAGCCAAUCAUACAACUAGGACACUAUUAUAGUUGUUAUUUGACAAAAGAUAUACAUAGUAUCCAGACACAAAUAGAUCAAGUUUUUCACUUGUAUGACUACAUAACACACCGAGAAUGGCAAUCCUAGUAAAGGUGUCAUUCUCAUCAAAUGAAAUUC